AUGUGUCAACAGCCAAGCGCUUUCCUGCCCUCGUUACGCCCACGACCGAAUUCACAUGUCCUCACAGCUGCGUUUGCUCGGAUUGAUGCCAUUUUGCCUUUGUCGGACCCCCUGGAAGUCAGAUACACUACAAAUUGGCUUACCCGAUUAUUAUCAAACUCUUCAGAAGAGCAUGCGUCUCUCAACGAUUCAGCUGCACGGCUGCUCAUCCUUCUUACGGCUGGUACAGCAGGGAGCGGCGACCACACAAAGCAAUAUGACUUUGCCAAUCCCACAGGCAAUCUGAGUAUCUCGAUCAAAGAGACCAAUAUCGCAGACGGGAUCGGACAUCGCACAUGGGGCUCAGCACCUCUUUUGGCUCGUCUCAUGGCUGCCAGUCCGAGCUCUUUUGGAUUAGACAGCCAGAGCACGCUCAGAAUUCUCGAACUCGGCAGCGGCACGGGUCUGGUCGGCUUGACGAUUGCAAAGCUUCUGCUGCCUUCAAACGCAAGCUCUCGAAUCGUACUCUCCGACUAUCAUGAAGCUACACUCGACAAUCUGCGGGCAAACGUGAAAACGAAUGGAUGCGACGCUGUGGCGAAAGUACAAAAGCUCGACUGGCGCCAUGCAUACUGCGACGAGACGUACGACAUCAUAGUCGCAGCUGACGUCACAUAUGAACUUGACCUCAUACCGCUCAUCGUUUCGAGCGUCUCGCAGCAUCUGAAGAAAGGCGGCGUCUUCCAUCUCAUGAUGCCCGUACGCAAAAGGCAUGAAGCAGAAAUCUCGGCUGUCCAGGCAGCUUUUGAUGCUUCUGACUUUAGCAACAAGCUCGUCGCUGUCACUUCACUUAUGUAUUCGAGCACCGACGACACGGGCACGCUCGACUAUCAGCUGGUGACGAUCAAGUUCCGUGCAGAUCACAGAUAG